AUGAAGGGUAGCACGUCAGGGAUGAGUGGCAUUGGAGAAUCCACAAGGAGAAAGACCGUUUUUGGAGCUCCAUUGGCAAGACCUCGCGAGUCAGAACAACAAGAGGGCCGUGUGAGUUCCAAUAUGAGGGUUUAUGUGAGGUGUAGAUCGAGAAAUGAGCAGGAGAUUGAGGAGAAGAGUAGUGUGGUAAUAUCUACGUUGGGCGCAAAAGGUCGAGAAGUGAUUUUGUCGAAUGGUGCAGGGUCCCUAUCGCAUUCAAAGAGAACUUAUACAUUUGAUCAGGUUUUUGGUGCGGAGAGUGAUCAGGAGACUGUGUUUGAUGAAGUGGCUAAGGACUAUAUUAGCGAAAUGUUGGAAGGGUAUAACUGUACUGUGUUUACGUAUGGUCAGACGGGGACAGGUAAGACUUAUACGAUGUCUGGAGAUAUCAGUAUUCUUGGAGAUUUAGAUUCUCAGGAUAAGAUCUUGCUUGGAGAGCAUUCGGGAAUAAUACCGCGAGUAUUGGUGGAUCUCUUUAAGCAAUUAUCACAGGAAACUAACGAAUAUACAGUGAAAGUCUCGUUUCUUGAGCUGUACAACGAGAAAUUGAAGGAUCUGCUUGCUGAGAGUGAGCAGGAGGAGGAGAAUAUUAGGAUCUUUGACAAUAACUCUGGUUUUAACUGCAACAAGAAUGUGAAACAGCUAGUGAAAUUAGAUGGAUCUUCUCAUCGCACUUCUUCCGCGUCUUCGUCAUCUUCAUCUAUCAUGGUGAAGGGAAUGGAAGAAUUUUAUAUCAAGAGUGCUCACGAGGGCUUAGAAUUGCUGAUGACCGGAUCUUUGAAAAGAAAGGUAGCUGCCACGAAGUGCAACGACCUCUCCUCAAGAUCUCACACGGUCUUCACCAUUACUACCAAUGUUGCUAGAACAGAUCCUGUGUCUAAUGAACAAUAUAUCAAGAUUGGCAAGUUGAAUUUAGUAGACUUAGCUGGUAGCGAAAAUAUAAACCGAUCUGGAGCUGAAAAUAAGAGAGCUCAGGAGGCAGGUCUGAUCAAUAAGUCAUUAUUGACACUUGGGAGGGUCAUCAAUGCUUUGGUAGAUAACUCACAACAUAUACCGUAUCGGGAGUCAAAAUUGACGAGACUUCUGCAGGAUUCCUUAGGAGGCAAGACUAAGACAUGUAUCAUAGCAACUAUAUCUCCGGCUAAGAUCUCCAUGGAUGAAACUGUGAGUACACUGGAAUAUGCCACACGAGCAAAAUCGAUUAAGAAUACCCCACAGGUUAAUCAGUCAAUGUCGAAGAAUUCAUGUCUGGGAGAAUAUAUCCAUGAGAUCGAGAGACUAAGGCAAGAACUCAAAGCUUCGAGGCAAAAGGAAGGUAUGUACAUUACGGAGGAUCAAUUUCAACUAUACGAGAGCAACAGUAUACUGGUGGAAGAACAAAAAGUAAGGAUACAAAAUAUGGAAGACCAAAUACUUAAGUUUAAAGCGAAAUACGUUGAACAAACAAACUUGAGCAAAGAUGCUGAAAAGAGGUUGAAGCAGUCCCAAUUACUUUGCAAAAAACUCUCAAUAGAGAAAGCUGAAAUGAGUGAAAAUUUCCAAAGCUUUCGACAAACGUGCACUGAGUACGUUGAUAGUGUUGAAGACAUACACCGAUCUAAUCUUGAACUGAUCCGGUCUUUAAAAGAUGAGCGUGAUGAUCUGUUUGGUAAAUCAGUCGAAUCCGGGAACAUGAUAUCAUCUCUCAUAGCCGAUAACAUAAGGCAAGGGAAGAAUUUGUCGAAGCUAAAUUCAUCAUUGCAGGCCUACAGCUCAAAAUAUGAUCAAGUAUCUGCUGGCGUAUUCGAAGAGAUGGAAUCGAAUGUGAUUUUUCAUAAGAAUGCUAUUGUUGGUCAGCUUUCUUCAAUUUCUCUAGACACCUUCAUGACAAAUAUACGGAGCAUGCACAGUGCCCUAAUCAAGGUCUUCAGUGAGCUCCAAACAUAUCGCUUCGAUGAAAAGGGAAUCAUUUUCUCAGCACAUAGAUCCAUAUUGAAUCAGUGCUACCGCCGUGUGUGCCACUUUAUGACGAUGUUAGAUUCUUCCUUUUCGGGCCUGGUACACGGUCUGCGACAGGCAUCUGAAUUAAGCUUAGAUGAAGUUGAUAAAUUGGGUGACAGCUAUUCUGGCAGGGCAUGUGAAGUUAUUGAAGCCCAAAAGAGGCACAUUGAGGAUAUGGAAAACAAACUGUGUCGAAAGAGCCAAGCGCUGGAAAAAUCGAAUGCUCAUAUUUUGAGCUUACAAGAAUACUUUGCAGAGAAUAUCAUGAAGCAGAGGAGCAAAAUUUUCGACGAUUUGAAGAAAGCAGUCGAGACCGCUGAAGGCCAUCAACUGAGUCUUGAAGAAGAUGUUCUCAAAAAAUCAAUUGACACGCUGCAGAUCGUUAAGAAUGAAAUGUGCACAGAGCACGUCACGAGUCUUCACGAGAUGGCAGAGUUGGGCACAUCAUCACUGAACUCAUUCUCAGAGUUGGUGAAAAGCUUUAGAAACAAACUUUCCCAGUUAUCUCAUGGGAGCACCGACCGUUUAAGCCAUCUGCUUGCGACAAACUCAAUAACAAAGGAGCUUCAUGAUUUUAAGAAAGCCAUAGUAAUUGAGUGUAGCGAUCACAAGUCACAGAGUCUCGUGGAAAAGAUUGACGAGUUGAACACCAGAAUUUCUAGCCAUGUUGAGGCCGUCAUCCUAGAAUCAUCCGACGCGAUUUCAGAAAGCAGUAAUAAAGUUUCUGCAGCAUCUGGUCAAGCAAAACAGCGACUCGAAAAUGCGGUAUCAGAGCUAGAUGCACUAUGUGAGUAUCUCAUGGCAAACUAUAAGGAAAAUUUCAAUCAAAUCACCAAGACACAGGACCGUAUAAUUUCCGACCACUGUGCUGAUGUACAGCUUUCAAUAGCCACUCUGGAAAACUUCGCGCAGCAUUUUGACGUGCCCACCCAGCCACGAAUCAAAGUGGAAGUAUCAAACUCUUUUGGUAGCCAACUUCCAAAGCUAAGAAGUCCUGGAAAAUCUGAUAAACAAGAAGAAUGGCAAAAUGGUACUGAAAAUGAAAACGUUUGUUCACCUACAAGAAAUCAUCUAAUUUUUAAUCCUAGUACACCAGUUCCAGUGCCGGAUCAGCCGCUUUCAAAAGUCUUACUACCAAGGAGCAUUAAUUCUAAUGCAAAGCGCCCGACAAUGCUACCCAUCGACCUUAAGAAACCACAGAUAACAUAUAACAACAACUUGAAACGCCGAUUUACCACAGAGCCCGUCAUUGAAAGGGAUGAUGCACAGGAAAAGAGGCCAAGAUCGGGUGGAACAUAG